ACACAGUAUCCGAUCUUUGCCGAGGCGGGCCGAUGGUCAAUAAAAGCCAAAGAAAACGCAAAAUAAGUCAGCUGUAUUGACGCUUGAGUGACGUGAAAGAAUAUUCAAGAAGAUUACUGACAAACAACACAAAAUUAUUGUGAUUUAUCUUCUUUAAAAUGAAGAUAUUGAUCCUCGUAGCGCUUGUGGCGUUUUUCGCCUUCACAAGCGGAGUCUUCGUCCCUCCCCGUCCUGGACAUAAGCGUUUGGUUGAUUCAAAAGAAUGCACAUGGGGACCUUCAUAUUGGUGUCAGAAUUUAACCGCGGCCUCCAAUUGUCGCGCCGUACGCCACUGCAUUCAGACAGUGUGGGUGCACAAACAGUUGCCCCCAGAUCGUAGCAGCAUCUGUCAAACAUGUCUCGAUAUGGUGAAACAGGCAAGAGACCAACUUGAAAGUAACGAAACUCAAGAAUUGAUCAAAGAAGUGUUUGAAGGUUCGUGUCAUCUCUUGCACUUUAAAGAAAUCGUUAAAGAGUGUGACAAAAUCGCCGAUCAAUAUAUCCCCGAAUUGAUCGAUACUUUGGCUUCGGAAAUGAACCCACAAGUUGUGUGUUCAGUGGCAGGAUUGUGUAAUAGUGAAAAAGUCCAGAAAUUAAUAGCUGGGGAAAAAGGAGACUUACCCCAAAAUGGGGGGACUUGUGAGGGUUGUCGCACUGUUGUUGGAAUAAUGGAGGAAAAGUUUAAUAAAAUGUCACGCGAUGAUGUUUUGCAAAGUUUCUUGCAGAUUUGUGGACAAACUGGGAGUUUAUCAGACGGUUGCAGUAACAUCAUGAUAACAUAUUUUAACGAGAUUUACAACCACUUGAAAGACAAUUUGAAUCGGAAUGAGUUUUGUUUAAUGACAGGAGAGUGUAGUUCAAAGUUUCACACUCAUGCGAAUGUUGAAAUAACACCAAUGUCACAUAUUGGUUAUGUGCAAAUUGGGGGAAAACAAAAAGACGAUUUACCGUGCGAAUUUUGUGAGCAAUUAGUAACACAUUUGAGAGAUUUACUAGUGGCUAACACAACCGAAGACGAGUUUAAAAGAGUCCUUGAAGGACUUUGCAAACAAACAAAAUCGUUCAAAGCACAAUGUCUUAGUCUAGUCGACGAGUAUUACAGUGCAUUUUAUAAUUUCCUAGUCUCGGAAUUGAAUGCUAACGCAGUUUGUGUCCUUGCUGGUAUUUGCCCACGAAAUCACACUCAACAGGUGCCCCCAAUCAUGCCUCUUUUACCCGUGGAGACUGUAGAAAUUACACCAGCCCCUGUGUUGCGACCUGAAGACAUGCAAUUACCGAUAGAGCGCAUGAUGCCUCCUCACACUCAAGAAUUGUACAAUUCGCAAACUUGCGUCUUUUGUGAAUAUUUCUUGCAUUAUUUGCAACAAGCCAUAACGAGUCCUGCAACAGAGGAGGAGAUCAAGGAAGUUAUUGAUAAAGCAUGCAGGAAAUUACCUCGUAGUAUCAACAGUACAUGUGUUGAGUUUGUUGAUACUUACGAGCCGGCUUUGGUGGCGAUUUUGGCCCAAGAAAUCGACCCCUCGCAGGUUUGUCCCUUGAUUAAAGCUUGUCCGAGCAACACUAAAGACGUGGAGGUGUUUAUGCAACAAGGCAGUGAUGGGUCGAAGUGUCCUCUGUGUCUUUUUGCCGUCUCCAAGCUCGAAGAAAUGGUGAAAGACAAAAAAACUGAGCAAAACAUCAAGGAAGCACUCAACAAGCUGUGUGAUCAUCUUCCGAAAGAUGUCGCCGCGGAGUGUAACGAUUUUGUCAACACCUACACUGAUGAACUCGUCCAGUUGCUUAUCGCUGAUUUAAAUCCGCAAGAAGUUUGUGUUUAUCUUAAGCUUUGCUCUGAUAAUAAGCCACCAAGUGGGUUUGUCGGGGGAGACACUUCCACUAAUAUGAUAGCCGAUGAUACGAUAAAUGGGAAAAGUGUCCAAAUUUCGUCAAAUAAUCCAAGAUGCGUCCUGUGCGAAUUUGUCAUGAAGGAGAUUCAAGACGAGUUGAAAGACAACUCGACUGAAGAAGCCAUCAAAAGGACAGUCCAUAACAUUUGUAAUAUCAUGCCCAAGUCAAUUAGCAAAGAAUGCAACGAUUUUGUGAAUGAAUAUGCUGAUACUAUUAUCCAAUUAUUGAUUGAAGCAACGGUUCCAAACGAAAUCUGUCGCAUGAUGCACAUGUGUGAUAAUAACCAAAUCGAACAAGCGAAAGUUGAAAUUUUUGAAUGUGCCAUUUGCGAAAGUUUGGUUUACGCAAUGGAGAAAAUCUUGAACAAUCCGAAAAUUGAUCACAGCAUUGACCACGUCCUUGAAAAAGCAUGCCGUGCUUUACCCCGCAAAGAACAAACAAAGUGCACUGAGAUCAUUGAAAAAUACGGCAAAACCAUCUACAAUUUGGUGACCCAUUUGGCGGACAAAGGGUUAGUGUGUAGAGAGAUCGCCCUGUGUGCUAGCAGCCCUGCACGGCCGAGUCACACAACCUUGUUGGGGGCGGAUAGAUGCACAUGGGGGCCCGGUUUUUGGUGUGCUAGUGACGAAAAUGCAGAAAAAUGCGGCAGAGCGGCUAAGAUGCAUUGCCAACAAAAAAUCUGGUUGGCACCAAUGGCUCCGAAGGUGUGACUUACUAUUAUGAACAACUUAGUUUUUUCUAGUUAAGAAUAUAAUGUAACUAUCCACCAAAGUUUGUUAAUAAAUUCAUCUUGAUUAAGAUUAUUUUAAGUGUGUAGUUAAGGGCUUGUUAGUCACAGUUUGAACGUUUUUUUUUCUUUUGGUGGCCAUACUGUGAAAUGGAAACUGUGAUAAGAAAUGACUUGUAACAGUGUUUUUAGUUACAAAAUAAAUGAUAUUUCUUUUUCAAA